GGUUCUCAUUAUCGAUACUUAAAUAUCGAUAUUUUAGCAAUAUCGAUAUAAUUGACAUAUCGCCAGACGUGAGACGCCCGGCCAUCCCUAGGUAACUCUUUCUUUCAAAAGUUCUGCGAUUGACAAGACGUUGUGAGGACGUCAUGCCUUUUGAGCGUUACGUAGAACCGGGGCGCGUCGCCCUGGUAGCCGACGGUCCUUUGAAAGGCAAGUUGGUGAGUGUGGUGGAUGUCAUCAACCAGACAAGGGCUCUCGUCGACGGGCCUGGUAGCGGUGUCCCGCGACAACAGAUACGUCUGAACCAGCUUCACCUUACGAAGUUCCGCCUUAAAUACUCCUUCACAGCGCCCACACGCGUCGUAAGGAAAGCAUGGACAGAGGCGAAACUCAAUGAAAAAUGGGCUGACAGCCAGUGGGCUAAGAACCUCGCAAAGAAGGAGAAACGUGCGCAAAUGACUGACUUCGAUAGGUUCAAGCUGACCUCUGCGCGCGUUAAGAGGAAUCGCGCCAGAACUGCAGUGUUCAAGAGCAUGAAAGCCAAAGCGGCGCGAAGUGGCACUUUCGGCAAGAAGAGGCUUCCCAAGACGCCAGCGAAGAAGGUCCGCACGAAAAAAGCGUCUGCCGCCAAGCCAGCGAAGAAGUAAUUCUAAUUUUGUGUCAGAAUAAAAGUGUAAUAAAAGGACAAGUGAAAAUAAAGAAUUACUUUUUAAGCUAC